UGCUUGGCAUCUCACCGCUAACCUUUCCGUCUCAUUAGAACCCACAGCUGAAAGCUUGUCCAUCCCCAAAACCACCACGGCCUCUCAAUCUCCGAUAUCUUCAAAAACACCGUUAUCAUUUGCCUUUUUCGGGAAGCGGUUUACCCCGUUGUAUUUGCAUUUCGGUACUCAAACUGUAACGGGGGAGAAGAAACAGUCACCAAGCACUACAGCGACAACAUGGCCGUUGUUAAGGAGUUCUUGUUCGUCAAUUCUGGCAACAAGUCCAGUGCCGGACACAAGAUCUCUACCACAGGUCGUGCCUUUGUUAUCAGGAAGGCUAGAGCUGCUCAGCCAUGGUCGACCAAGAGCAAGGCCGGCCGAAAACGUGCUCCAUUCGGCUCUGACGACUCCCCAAACGCGACUGCCAGCAGCAACAGUGGCGGUUCUGACAGCCCAGAUGGCGAUCCAGCUACCAACACACUGUUUGAUGGUAAGCACAGUGCGGGGAUCACAGAGGAGGUGCCCGUAGCUGUUGCUCCCCAGCGGAUUCAGGACGACGGGAAUCCGAAGCCGAAGCGAGGCAAGGGUGGUGUCUCGAAAAGACAACGUCCGACUGCUGGUGUGAAGCCAGGGCAGUCCAAACCAACGAGCUCGAAUGGCAGAUUUGCUGGGAAAUUCCAAGAACACCAUGCCAAUAACAUUUCCGAUCAUGUAGAGUGUGUUCAUUGCGGAUACGCCGUUGGCCUAUGCAUCUGUCAAGCUGGGGCCACCCUGGUGUCCCAAGCACAAACACUGAGUGGUCGGUUGGAUCCCUUUGGCACUGUGUCAGUAAGAAUGGGCCAACGUGAUACUGAUUUGCUGGCGUAUUUCAACACGGUGAUCAUCAAGACUCUCACACCCCUGACGGGUGACCAGUCCCCCGAGGCGGAAAAGUACUGGGUGACAGUCUCCUUUGGGAACUCUGGCUUUCUGCAUGGAGUCUUGUGCCUUUCAGCCCUGCAGCUGGCUAUGGCCCAGCCUCACAAGUCCCCAACGUUACUGGAGCAGUUCAUGCACCACCGCAUCCAAGCCAUCUCCCACAUUCAGGCUGCCCUGGCUGACCCAUCGCGGGCCUUGAGCGACGAAAACAUUGCCACAGUCUUCCAGAUGCUCUGCAUCGAGGAGAACCUGUUUCUCUACGCUGGCGACUCACUGAAAGACCACCCAGCAUGGAAGCACCUCCAACCAGACGUCUCCCAGCGCCAGGCACAUCUGGCGGGGCUGAAGAGAAUGCUGUUCUUGCGCGGAGGCAUAGCCCGUCUUGACGGGAUGAAGGGUCUCCAGGCCUUCAUCAUCAGAUGGGUGUGCACCUCCCUAGCCUGCCGCCUCGUCUUCAGCCUGCCUCCUCCAUCCCAUCCAGGCCAAUACCUCUACCAACCCACAAACAGAAACGAGCUCUCUGCUGCCCAUCUCUCUGACCACACUUUCGCCGCCUCCCACCUCUUACCUCACGGCCUCCUCAAAAAGCUCUACAACUACCCACAUUCCUCCCCAUUCUACCAAGCCGGCUCAGCAAUGGCAACCGCAUGCGCCACUCUCGGGGUAUCACGCGAUCUAAUCAACCACAUCACCACCCUCGACUGUCUCCUCCGUGACGCAUUAGCAUGGUACAUAUCCCGCCCAACAAGCCAAUGGGACGCCCUCGACAUCCAGAACCUGAUGUCCAUCGGUUUAGGGGAGCUGAUCCACUUCAUCCUCCGCGCGGAAACAUCCCUCUCCGCGACAGAAAACGUCAUUGCUAUAUGCCUCUUUGUCUUCACCUUCUUCGUUGGCAACGGUGCUCACGCCGCUUGCUCUCCUCUACCGGGGAUCAUGCCACGUUUGAGGCAUCAUUUUACUGAUGCCGAGCUGUCACAGAACUUGAAGAGGAUAGGGAUUGAGACGUGGGUGGGGUUCGUGCUGUUGAUUGCUAGUAGUCAGAAUCCGGAGAGCGAGGAGUUUUUCUUUCGGUUUAUGGUGGAGAUGUUGGGGGAUAGGGGGGUGGGGGAUUAUGAGGGGUUUAGGGGUUCGAUGGUGGAUAGGGGGGUUUGGACGCCUGUUGUGGAGGCGCAUGCGGUUAAGGCUUGGGGGGAGCUGGAGGGGCCGUUGAGGGAGUAUAGGAGUGGGAGAAGGGGGAUUUGGGAGGUGAGGAGGGGAGGGGUGGAGGUGGGGGAGGAACAGGGGGUGAGUAUACCGAUGAGUAACCCUUAUGCGACGAGUCAUAUGAAGAAGAUUUUUAGUAGGGAUGGAGAGGGUGUCAAGGUUGUUGUGUGA